AAGAGAACAUUUAUGUUGGUGUGUUUGCGGGGGUUGAGCUCUGGCUCUUUGGUCCCGCCUCUCAACUGUGUGUGCUCGAAGUUGGGGCUAUAUACCCGCACCAAACUUUACACGGUGACUGUAUAGUAAAUGCCGUAGUCCUCGACCACCCCCCAUACCCUUUCUUGGGUGAUGCGGAACUUCCCGAGAUUGAUGCUGAGCAGAUGAUCGUCCUCAAACGAGCCUUCGACAGCUUUGACUCUGAAAAGCGUGGAGCCAUCUCCACUGAAAUCGUAGGUACCAUACUUAGGAUGAUGGGACAGACUGUCAACCGCCAGAUUCUCAACCAGGUCAUUGAGGAGGUCGACGUUGAUGGUUCAGGCGAGUUAGAGUUCAAUGAGUUCGUGCUGCUGGCGAUCAAAUUCAUGAAUGAGGAGGAUGAGGAGGAGCUCAAGAAAGAACUUUAUGAAGCCUUCAGACUAUAUGACAAGAAUGGUGAAGGAUUCAUCCCAACGAAAGUGCUGCGAGAGAUUCUGCAUGAGCUGGAUGACAAGCUCACUGAUGAGGAGCUAGAUGGCAUAAUUGAUGAAAUUGACCAGGAUGGCUCUGGCACUGUCGACUUUGAUGAAUUUAUGGACAUGAUGACAGGGUAAAAGACAUCCAUACAUCUCUGACCACUCCUCCAUGACUUCAUUGUUUGGUCAUCAUUAUGUCAUGUAAUAUUACCCAAUUAGAGUUAUACGCAAGCACCAUUAUGAGGUUGUUGAAUGAUUUAUCAACUACAUGUUAUGUCCUUUGUACUUGAGUUAAUCAAAUUAAAAACAAUUUAAAAGUUCCAUUUCUUCCUUCAUAGUUUUCUUAUUGCUAGUUAUCCAAGAAGUUAGCUUCAUUACUCAACAGGUCCUCAAAGUGACACACUAAACCUUCCCUUUGCAUAAAGCUCCAGUACAAAAAACAAAAAAUAAGAGUCCAUGAGAUAUACUGUGAUUGAAUCGUUGAUGAAUAUUUUAUAAUUUUUAUACACAUUUAACUUUAAGUUGUGGAGGCACAUACAUCUCAUUUGAUUUUGCUUGAUGUCUUGUUUGAAAGUUUAUAAGUUUAGCUUUAUUGUCUUGUUACAGUGAUUGUGUUCCAGUGUUGGCCAGUUUUGUGAUGACUGUUGUGAUGCAAUGUUCCCACAUUUUGUUAUGACUGUUUUGUUACACUGUUCCCAUUUUUGUUAUAACUGUUCAGACACACUGAUCUUUCGUUUUGUUAUAAUGGCUAUGUCAUACUGUCAAAGGCAGAUGUCUAGCAUUGUUGUCAUGUUUCAUUGCCAUGUAUCAGUGUCUUUCAUAGUGGAGCCAUAUGUUCCUAGUUCCAAUUCCACUUUCUAUAUACUAUGGCUCCUAUCCUUCCUUCCUUCACAAAGAAAUCUACAGUGAUGCCAUAUGUUUCAAGAUCCUCUACAUCAGUACUAAUUUACUUCCAGUCUCUAUACAGUAAUAGCAAUAUAUUAUGUCACCCUACAGUUGUCAUUCCUAGUUACUUUUCAAUGGUGCCAUCACAUUGCCAAUUCCAAAUCUGUAGUGGGGCUACCAUAUUCACAAUUUUUUAACAAUAGUGCUAUUAUGUUUCUAGUCACACUGCAGUAGUGCCACCAUUACGAAAAUAAACACCAUUAUUUUACGAAACAAAGCUGCCGGAAAAAUAUAAGAAAGCUCACUUUUGUAAAUAGAGUGGUAGACGGUUGGAACAAGUUAGGUGAGAAGGUGGUGGAGGCCAAAACUAUUAGUAAUGUCAAAGCGUUAUAUGACAGAAUGCUGGGAAGACGGGACACCACGAGCAUAGCUCUCAUCCUGUAACUACACUUAGGUAAUUACCAUGUUUCCAUUUUUUAACAUAAUUAAGUACAUUUGUAUUUAUACAUAUAUAUUGGUAUCCUAAAAUAUAUAAAAAUCUACAUAGUUUUAUGUCAAGAGUAUACAAGAGUAUUUAUUGUAUGGUAUACAAUACUUACAACCCCGUUUCACAUUAGUUUUUCAUAAACUAACAAACUUUGUUAUUUUCUUUGUCCCGUUUGUUAUUUUCUAUUUUCCAUGAUUAUGAGGACAUCUUCCCAUACACAAGAAUGAAUAAAAUAAUGAGAGCGCUCAAUGCACCUCAAAUGGCAGGUCUAAAUAGGUGAAUGACUGAAUAUUCAGUAAUAAAAUGUUGGAAAGUACAUGUUUACAUGUAAACUACUCAAGAGUGGGAGAUUUAUUAUCUGCAGUUACCAUCCACAGGUAAUAUAGCUCAAUCUAAUUCUGGCAAUUACUACAGUAUAUUAUUAUAUCACAUUAUCUGGUGCCUCUAAAGUGGCACCACAUGUUCCUGCAUUUAUUCUCCUUCCCUACUCUCAACAACCUCCACCACUGUAAGAUUCAGUGUUAACAUGUUAUCUGUAAGUGAAGUCAAAGGUUCUUAUAAGAAAAUAAAGAAAAUUUACCGUUA